UGAGCGCUUGAAAAUGGCGGCGUUGGUGAUCAGAAAAUAAACCUUUGCUGUCAAAUUCAGAUGUUCGAUAAGGGAUAACGGCGGAUACCUAAUAUGCCAUCAGAAAGGAAUCGUCGUAAGGACGACACUUGGACCACAGAUGAGCUUAAUAGAGCUUUAAAGGGCUCUCGAGAUGACCUUGAAAGGAAGCGACAUCGUCGCGAUGGGGAGGAGAGACGCCACAGAGAUGAUGAAGAUCGGAAAGAGAGGCGCAGACCCAAGGAUGAAGAGAGAAAGCAUCAUCGAGAUGGCAGUGAGGAUAAGCGACGCCAUAGGCAAGAUGAUUCUGAAAGGAUAAAUCUGACAGAGGACGAGAGAGAAAGACAGAGGCGGGAACGGAGAGAACGGAGAGAAAAGAAAGAUCCAUCCAAACCUGAAAAAAAGGAGAAGAAACGAGAUGCUCCUGUGAUAGAAGAUGACGAUGAGAUACGGCGACGUCACCGUGACAGGGAUGAUGAGAAACGCAGACAUAGAGAUGAUGACAGGGACCGUCAUCGUGACCGGGAUGAUGACAGGCGAAAACGGCGUGAUGAUGACAAAGAGCGGCGACGCAGGGAUGAUGACCGUAAACAUGGACGUGAUGAGAAUGACAACAGACGACGACACAGGGAUGAGGAUGACAGAGACAAAAGGAAGAAGGAAAGUAGAGAGAAAGACAGACAUCGAACUGCAGAUGAUGACAGAGACCGGAAGAGGAGGGAGAAACGCGAUGACUCGGAUGACCGAGAGCGACAGAGACAGGAGCGGAGGGAGAAGAAGGAGAAAAAGGAGAAGAAGAGUGAUCGGGACGAAGAGAAGCGAGACUCCAGGAAGGGCGACAGGCAGCGAGACCGUGAUGACAGACACAGAGAUAGAAACGUUGAAAGAAAGAAAGAAGAGAAACAGAGUGAGCCAGCGAGUCGAAGCAAGGUUCAGGACCCAGAGUCGGAGCAGGAAGAAGAUGGUGACGACUACAACUAUGAUGAGGAAGAGUUUGAGGACUAUGAUGAUGACUUCGAGCCAGAUGAUGAUGACGGUGAUGAUGAAAGACCUCAGCAGGAUGAACCAGCAGAAGCAGAGUCGACACUGGGGCACAUUCGUCAGAUUAUUCCGGGCAGUGAGAUGGAUCAGCUGCUGAAGGCCAUGGACGAGGAAAACACACGGCUUGCUAAUGGUUCUAGACACAGUAGUCGGUCAGACUCGACUGAUGCGUCCGAGGACCGGUACAAGGAACCAGCACCUAAAGUUAACCGGGGACGAACGUUUAUUGACUUCGUGUCGGCCAAGCAGGUGGCCCUGAACUCCACGACCGCAAGUCGCACCAGGAAGAGAGGCACAGACCUUCAGAAGAUGAUUGAGUUGGAUGUUGCUCGAUACGAUAUGUUUGACCUGCCCCCUGUCAGGGAAUAUGAGAUGUACAUACGCAGCUUUGGUCGCUCCAACACUAAACAGGCCUACAUUCAGACCAACGAGGACAACAUCGACAGAGACAUCCAGACAGAUGAUAUUGACACCAAAGAAAAAUGGACACAGCAUCCCUCGGAAGACUUGCUGGGUGUUGGAGGUGAUGGUAUUGAUCCAGAAGCAGCAAAUGAUAAUCAAAUUAUCAGUCGUCACGGAGACACAGUGAAACUGGCCAAGUUUGUGGAGAAGAUUGGACAGACUGUGGGGUUCCUGCUCGAUGAGGAGAGAGACGGUGGAGACAGACACAACCUUGACAACACAAAGUCCAACGUGGGGUUCAGUGACGGCUUCACACAACUAGGUGAACUCAAGUUUAUGGAAGGACGCCAUGUGACACAAGCCUGCUUCUGUCCCAACCAGCAACACAUGCUUUUAACAGUAUUCAGCAACCCUGCUGAGCCGUCCCCCGACAACCCAGUAGACAGCCAUGGACUCGCCUGUGUCUGGAACAUCAACGAUCUCACAUAUCCUCACAGGAUCCUGUGCUGUGAAGCCCCUCCCACCUGCUGCUGCUUCAGUCCGUCCAAGGCUGCCCUGGCAUUCUGUGGAAUGGGGGAUGGGUCGGUCGUGCUGUGGGAUCUACGGGAGGCUACGUCCAUGCAUCGGACAGUGAGUGUAGGUGACCAGGAGCAUGUCAUGCGCUUUCCAACGUACAACACCGCCCGCGUUCUAGAGGAGGAGAACCACCACAGCUCCAUCACCACCAUCGUGCCUGUCUACUCCUCUCUAGUUGGCUCAAAGUCUGAAGAUUCUAGUGAUUUGGGUUCUGGCCUAUCUUUCCAGUUAGCAUCAGUUGAACAGAAUGCUGUAGUCAACCUGUGGGUGGUGGCUGAGAUCUCGGCCCCAGACAUGGCUGGGUCAGAGUCCGACCUGGGCCUCGCACCAGGGGGGAGGAUCAAACUGCUCAAAAGCUCCUCCGUAACUCUACAGUCUCCCAACAGGGCUGCCAAGACCAAGGGUGGUAUUCAGGCAUUUGAAAUGCAGCUGUUACCGACAGACCUCAACCACUUCUAUAUCGGCACUGAUACGGGUUGUGUUGUCCAUGGUGUACGCUUCGGUUCUCGAGGGUUCCCUCAAGGCUAUGCCCCAGCAGUAGAGUCUCCAGUAAAUGUCACUACGAUCGACUUCUCACCCUUUGGUAGCCCCUAUCUGUUGGCUGGCUGUGACAAUGGCUGUCUUCAUCUCUAUCACACCGGCACAGAGAACCCGUUGUUGUCGUGGCCGGUGUUUUCUGGUGGGCGAGCGGUCCACUGUGUCCGGUGGUCUAGGAGCAGGCCGGCUGUCUUCUAUGUGCUGGACGAGGCCUCCAUGGUCCACGUGUUUGAUCUGCUGGAGAAUGACUCCAGCCCAGUGUCCCGAGAUCAGAUCACUCCCGGCAGGGCCGUGACAAUGUGUCUGACAGGAGCCACACCAUCCCGACCUCCCCAGCUGUUGCUGGCCUUGGACAAUGGUCGGACAGAGGUUCACACCAUCAUCAAGCAGCUGUCUGAACAGCAGACACUUGAGGAAGACUUCAUCGAUAAGUAUGUGGACAAGUUCUGAUGCUGCAGCACUUUGAUGUGAAAGGCACCAUGUCAGACUCAUGAUGAGCACCACAACGGGCACCAUGACAGUAUCCAGAUUUCAUCAUGACAUCAGGACUCUCAUUCUGCUGGUUUUGACACAGUAUCAGACUAUGUUUAAGCUCUAUGUUAUAUUUGUUGGAUUAGUUUGAAAACAUUACUGCAGUCAUAGAUACCAUGGAUCAUGUUGAUACUGUCUGUAUGGUGUCAAGGGACGACUCAUGUAGAUAUGUGCUCAUGGCUGUUUCAGAGACAAGUGAUCUACAAUCUGCAUACCUUAGAGAUCCCAAAUUAAAUAUUUUGUGUGUUCUUGAAUCAGAUUCCAAAGUAAGGGUCCAUUGUUCUUGAAGAUUUAAGUAUUUAUAUUAUUUAUUUGUGAAGAGGUCAGUUUUUCGUCCAUUACUUGUCCAUAGGUUGUAGAUCUCUACAUGUGAUAUAUCACACAAGUGCCCAUUCUGAAGACAGGAUGAUUAAGGUGGUGCAAAAACCAAAAACCUAUCUACAAAAGCCCCAACUGUGAUAUGCACCACGCCCCUUAUAGGUGUGGAAUACGCCCGUACUGGAGGUGGAUGUCUCCCUAGGAUGGCAUUGUCUUGAGGCAAGGUAGUUAACUAACUUUAAUGUCCAUUCAACUGACCAAUCAGGUUCCAUCUCUCAUAUCACUUGCAUUUUCUCCAAACAAAAUUAAAUGGCCCAGUCACGAAGAUCUGAUCAAUAUUCAAGAUCUGUAUUGUACCCGGGUCUUAACCCACGAAGUACACUGACACAUAAAUUGAGCACCAAGAUUAAAAACAUAAGUUGAAAAUAUCUGUCAAGACCCAGUUGAUGGUACACAUGCUCUGCAAAUUCUGCAAUCCACCUAAAUCUGCAGGGCAGUUACAGUUUUUUACAUGAAACUUACAUGGAUGUUGUCACAUGAUUUUUAUUGUUAUAUCUAGUCAAGAUAUAACUCGGACAUUCCAGCCUAGGACAACAAGGAAGGAAACUGGACUUUCAUAGACAGUUAUCUCCCUUGCUGGCAUGGUGACUUCGUGCAUGUAAUAAACACAUUUCCAUUGAAUAAUUCAUGAUGACAUGUAAUAAACACAGAUCUGCUCUGUAGUUCACAAUUUCAUGCCAAAAAUAUAGAUCUGCCCUUUGUCCAUGAUGGCAUGUAAUAAGCACAGAUCUUCUCUAUUGUGCAUGAUGGCAUGUAAUAAACACUGAUGUUCUUUAUAGUUCAUGAUGACAUGUAAUAAACACAGAUCUGUUAUAUUGUUCAUGAUGACAUGUAAUAAACACAGAUCUGCUAUAUUGUCCAUGAUGGCAUGUAAUAAACACUGAUCUGCUGUACAGUCAUGUAACAAACACAGAUCUGAUUCAGACGAUACCACAACACUGCAUUCAUGUUUCACAUCAAAGAUGUUAUUUAGCUUUUGUCUUACUUUGUGAUACUUAGGGCCAUAACAGAAGCAUUAUGGUAUCAGAUCUGGAUGGAUCAAGUAAAUGUGAAUUUGUCCAUACUGUGAAUGUACAUAGAAAUCAAGAGGUUCUAUUUAUUUAUUCUGAGUGAGAAAUAUAAUCUGAAUGACAUGACAGUUGUAAAUAGUCAUAGUAACUUAAUUCCGUCCAUGGGGUGAAUUUCCUCAAGAAUAUCAGACACAUCUUUCCUGGGACCAAUCUGCAGAUAUCAUUGUGUUUUCGUUAUUGAAAGUCCCUCCAGUAUAUCCUGACAUGUCUUUUUGUAUUGUAACUGUUCUGUACAAAUCAGUGAGUUUUUACUAUGGAAGUUUGACAGUGUAAAUGAAGUUUGUGAUAUCAGCAUAGGUUGUCCUUUGUUUGUUAAUGAUGUCCGUCCACUACAAGCAAGUCCUCAUCAUGUAAUGACAGUUUGUUCACAGCGAUACCCUGUCAAUAGGGUGCGUCACAUUUACAAGGAGACAUAACUCUGUAUCUGUUAUCCCUGAAUCAGAUCAAGGUUCCAGUGUGUGCUGUUACUUGUUGACAGGGUGUUGUAAAACAAGUAGCUUUGUUUCAAAAUGUCAACUCAGAACAAAUGAACAGGGUGCUCUGUAUUGUGUGCAUCUGGUUUCUGAACAAAUUGUUCACAAUUACUCCCUUGCCAUGUCCAGUGUUAAGAAUAUCAGUAAUGUUACCUCAAAUUUACAGGAAUCAUGUUCAAAGAUAAAAAAACAGUUUUCAAAGUCUCAGAAUAAGCAAGGAAUAUGUACAAUAUGGUCUAUUAGAAAGAUGGUUGAUGGUUGGAUUACUUUGUUCUCUUAUGUAUGAAAAAGUUUCUAUUAAUUAACUUUCUCAAUUUCAGUUUUAGAGAGUCUAUCAGUGCUCACUAUCUCACUGUUUCAUGUUCACCACUACAGUGAUUUACUCAACUGCAUGUUGUCAAGUUGAUUUCAGUAUUGUCAAAAUCAUGUCAAAUAAAACCGUUCCACAAGCACACAAUAACAGAACAAAAUGGCUCACAUCAUGUCCAAUGAUAACGAUUCUGAAAUUUCUACAUCAGAUUACAUUAACCCAGCUCUUACAACUGCGAGUGUUGUUCACCUUCCUGCAGGGAGAGCCAUGUGGUAUUUUUGUUUCAGAGAGAAUAAAUUUCAGGCAGCACUUCACGACCUCCAAUUUUGUUGUAACUAAAAUAUGUCAUGUUGAUAUCAACCUCUAUUAUGUCCAAGGGAGGGACAAAACCCCUUCAGGUUAAGUCUGUCUAUGGGGAACAGGGAAUUCAACGUGUGUACUGGGAACAAGAACCACCUUAUCUAAAGUACCUGUUAUGAUUAUUUACUGUAACCAUUACAUGAUAUUCCUUUGUAUAUAUUUCAAACAUCUGGGGAAAUAGGAUAUUUGAAAUAUUUUAAAUAGUCUGAGAUGGCUUUUUUUACCAUAGUUAUUGCAGACUGUAUUGUGGCGCGUGUAUCGAUCCACUUUCUUCAUGAGUCCAUUUGUUCUAAAGCCCUUGGUUCAAGUUCUUGUAUCUGCUCAGUGUUUGAAACCAAUUCAGUUAGUGUUGCCAACCAUGUUUAUAUUGAUGAAAUAUUGUAUAAAUACAUUCAGUUACACACCUGUGUUGUGAUGUGAACACUAACAUGAUGAAUUCACUUCUGGAAUCCGUUUGUAAUCAUUUUACAAGCCUCUCUGUGUGCAUGAAUUGUGGGUCAAAAGAUGAACAUUUGAAUGUACAGUGUUGUUUAUUAAAAUACUUCAGAAGCUUU